AUGCAGCAGACCAUCCAGAAGGUGCUGGAGAAGAACCACCACCUGGCCCAGUGCACCCUGGACAACCUCAGCAAGGGCAAGGCAGCCGAGUGCACCCAGCGCCAGGAGAUCCUGCACGGGAGCCCAGCCUACCUGGCCACCAUAUGGGACUCCAGCCAGAACAUGCAGUCCCCGCUCCUGCCCAGCCAAUCCGGAGCAGGAUGCUGGGACCCCGAGGUCUGUCCCCGAGUGGCUCUGCCCAGGAGCUGCACUCCCCAGGGCAGCCUCACUGAUCCCGUGGGCAUGGCCCAGAUCCGCAGCCGUCUGAACCACGUGUCCAUGCAGUAG